UGAAGUUCAGUAAGUCGUAAUUUGUUUUGAGUGGUGUGCAAAUUCAAUGUAUACGUCGUUUUCUUUAUGAAAUAGUUUUUAAUUUCUAUAAAUUAGCAUUGAACAAUAGAUUUUCAAACAGUUGACAACAUAAUGUGAUAAAACUUGGAACUAAUCAAGUAAAAAGUUAAAUUAAUUUUUCUUUCUCCGUAUUUUGGCUCAAUCUCAGCGAAGAUUAGUCAAGUAAGUGUAAACACACGACAUAGAUGACUUUUAUUUUAAAAUAUUUCUUUCUCUCGAUGCCAAGCACACUACUUUUGCCUAAGUUUAAUCAUCGAGUUACAAAGUGAAUAAAAGUGAUUUCGUCUAAACAGUGGACAUUAAGCAAUGCAACAACGCAUUGGGGACGAUUGAACCAAACAAAAACAAAGAGAACCAAAUCAUUAUCAUCACCAGGCCACCAAAAUCGACCUACAAUUUCACGCAAUUAGUUCAUCAUUACAAUUAUGAAUAUAUCGACACCAUUUAUGGACGAGACAUUCAAGUACAUUUGCAAUGAAGUAUUCGAAAAUUAUGUUCCCGAAUAUUUCAAAGACUUUGGCUACACACCGUGGGUAUUUUCGUUACUUGGCUCUGCAUUAAUUGGACUCAGUGGUAUAUUGCCACUAUUUGUGAUACCUAUUGAGACUGGUGACAAAAAUUCGGAUUUUAAUCCUGCUGAAUCAAAGUCACUUAAAGUAUUAUUAAGUUUUGCUGUUGGUGGGCUGUUGGGUGAUGUAUUCUUGCAUUUGCUACCUGAGGCUUGGAGUGGUGACGCUGGUGAUAACAAAGGAAAUGAUCACCCAUCACUGCGCAGCGGCUUAUGGGUAUUGACUGGCAUCCUUAUAUUCACAAUUGUUGAGAAAAUAUUUUCCGGUUAUGUGAAUCAGGAUGAGAGUAACCCACAACCGAAAUGCGUAAACAUCGCCAAUUGUUUAAUGCGAAAGGGCAGUGGCGGUAAAAUGGCCAACGGUGAUGCAAAAAUGCAUUGCACACAAAAUGGAUCCUGUGACAUUGAAGACGUGCCAAACAGUUGUUUUUUGGCAGAGAAGCAACGCAGAGAAAGUCAACCGCAGAUCAAAAUAGCCGGUUAUUUAAAUCUAAUGGCAAAUUCAAUUGACAAUUUCACACACGGUCUGGCUGUAGCUGGUUCAUUUCUGGUAUCAUUUCGGCAUGGAGUUCUGGGAACAUUUGCCAUAUUGUUGCACGAAAUACCGCAUGAAGUUGGCGAUUUUGCCAUUCUUCUCAAAUCUGGAUUUAGUCGAUGGGAUGCAGCAAGAGCUCAACUUUUGACCGCUGGUGCAGGCUUAUUAGGUGCUUUAGUGGCUAUCGGCGGCAGUGGGGUGACAUCAGCAAUGGAGGCCAGAACUUCGUGGAUUAUGCCAUUCACUGCGGGUGGCUUUUUGCACAUUGCCCUAGUCACCGUAUUGCCCGAUUUAAUCAAGGAAACCGAUCUCAAGGAAUCGAUGAAACAAAUCGCUGCAUUAAUAUUCGGUAUUGCAGUGAUGGCCAUUAUGACUGUACUAUUCGAGUAAAUUUUCGCACGAACAAAAAACACAAAAUCAAACAAAAAAUAUCCCGUUGUCGGAGGACCUGCUAGUUUGUAUUUUUACUUAGAUUUAUUUAUCUGCUCCGUUUUCAGGAUAUAUAAAAGGAAAGAAUUUUUGACAAAAAGGAAAAAAAAAUAUUUUUUUUUUCGAUUGAUUAGUGUGUCUUUACAAAUCCGCGGUACAUUAUUAUUUGCAUAAUUAGUUUCAUGAAUAGCUUUAAUUUGAUUGAUCAAAUACUCUACUCAACAUUUAUCAGUUAAUUUGUUAAAAUAUCACCGACUUAGUACUAUAUAUAAAUAACAAAGUCUUGUUGCGACUCACGACACAUAAACACAGUGACAAUUUGAACAAUCUAUUAGGAGGCAUGCGGGUAUCGAUUAUAAAUUAUUGUUAAAAAUGAUUGGAUAAAAAAAUGAUUUUGAUUUCAGCAUUUGAUUUAUCUAGUAAAAUUAAACACGAUAAAAAGAAGCCAUUAAAUAUACUGAGAUUAGUGUUUUGGUGGCGUUGGUCAAACGUUGUUAAUUUGUUGCACGUUUUAUUGGUGAUGUUUGAAGAGCGAUAACCAAUUUUCUUUCUAUUUCAAUGAGUCCAUAAAUUAGAAGCUCAAUCCAGUAAUUACGAUCGAACACUUUGUAAUGUGGAAGAGACUUGAUGAUAACUGAAGCUGACUUUCACUAAGACACUCAAUUCCCUCCGCCUAUGUGACCACUUUCUAAUGUGCACACAUCAUGCUUUGGUCUGCUGGAAUUCAUUGCAGUCGGAAAUAACGCUCAAAAUUAUUUAAAUCUUCGCUGAAAGUGGCUUGAUUUUGUCAAGUCCUCAAGUUAGGUAAAGUUGGACCUGAAACUGGAAGACCUGAACUCUGUCAGGUCAGGCUUAUUUUUAGCAAACCUUGAUCCUGAAAACAUGUAAUUCCAUCGAAUUCUGGUUUCAGGCCAUAUCAGGUCAUUUACAAUCAGGGCUUGUUUUUGGGAAUUCUAAAAAAGCUCGAAAUAAUUCCGAAAUGUUUUUUGGAGUUUCUCUGAAAUUUUUUUUUCAGAAUUCUUAGGAGCCUUUUCAGAUGUAAAAUUCCCAAAAAUAUUCUAUGUGUCCAAUACACCAACCUUACUAUGUUAAGGUAAAAGUCUUUCGUUUCAGUCUGAUCCCGGUUCUGAGCACUACACUUUAGAGAUGUUGUUCUCAAACAUUACAUUACUUUUAUUACGUCAGUCCUUUAUUUUAUUUAUGAUGGGCUCUUGCUGCACCUUUUCCAGUGUAUUUCCAACUGACUUAUUUCUUUUAUUAUAAUUGGAAAUGUGCGAAAUGAGAUUAGCGCGUUAGGAAUAUUCACAGUGGAUAAAAGAUAGUGAACAUGCACUUGGUUGUUGCGAUAAAUGAAAAGAGCUUGUAACAAUCCCGACAUCACAUAUAAAGCACUUUGAAAUGAAGAAUUCUGAACAAAGGAGGAACUAAAAUCGUGUUUUAAUGAAAGAGAGUUUUGGUUAAAUAUUUUUGAUCGUCGGAAGACGGCAGUGAAUCCGAUAGGCUUCUCUUAUUGUCAAUAAAAUAACUUAGUCUAGCUGACUACUGACUACAAAAAAAAAUGGAUCGUACUUGAAGUUGGACAGACAAAUGUCGUUCUCUGUCUGUCGAUUGAAAAUAUUGUUCCACUUUAAUAGAUUAUCGGAACAAAAAUCAAAUUUUGAUGUUAUAAUAAUAAGGGAUCACCAUCUAGAUUACUGUUGCCAUAUUUACAAAACAAAUAAAAAAUAAUCUUUUUUAUAAAAACAAAAUUCUAUAUUUUUUGUUACUCCGUUUCUUCUUCAUCUUUUAUUGUUAAGAUGAUAAUAGUGUUAAUAAGAGUGUAGAGAGGACAUGUGCAUAAUAGUUAAUAAUAUUAGUUAAACUAAAUCUGUAAUAUUUUCGUUUGUUAUUUAAAUUUGUGAUAAAAAAGUGUGUUACGCGAUCAAAUUCAAUUAAACAAAUAUAAUCACCUUGCAUAAUGCAUCAAAUGUAAAUUCAUUGUAUAAAAAUUGUAGAAUCUUUUCGCGGGAAGAUUCUAAAGAAGGAUGAUAAUAGACGAGGACGAUGUAAAUAAAACUUUAGAAAUUCUA